AGAACGAAAUUUUCUUAAUUUGGUUCACUGCUGAUACACAUACGAAAUAUUUCUGCGGACGAUAUAGCAAUUCAUCAUCUCUAAGGGAUGGCCAGUGGCCAAUUUCCCGUAGCCAUCAUUGGCAUGGCAACAAAGCUGCCUGGUGCCGAAACAUGCGAGGAGUUUUGGAAUUUGUUAAAAAAUCGUCGUGAUACAGUCGCAAAAUUUCCCCAAGAAAGAAUUUCGGACAUCGAGCACGUUACUGCUACCUUUCGAGGACAACUGGUGGACGAAGAUAAUCCUUACUUUACCGGCUCGUUUUUUCAAUCGGUCGACACUUUCGAUGCCAAACUUUUCCAAAUAAACCCCAAGGAAGCUCUUUUCAUUGAACCCGAGCAAAGAUUAUUUCUUGAGGCAACCUGGGAGGCCAUUGAAGACGCUGGCUAUGCUUCUACCAUCCGAGGAUCUAACACUGGUGUAUACGUUGGAAAUACUGUCAACAAAUACAAGUAUAUCCUUACUGAGAAUCAUCCAAGCAUUUCCCAUGGAAAUCACUCACCCUUUAUUUCAUCGCGGAUUUCGUACAUCCAUAAUUUGCAAGGACCUGCAAUGAUGAUUGCCACCGGAUGCUCGUCGUCCCUCCUCGCUGUGCACGUCGCAUGUCAAGGUUUGCUCUCCGGGGACUGUGACAUGGCAAUUGCGGGAGGCAUUACCCUAGAUCUUCUUCCGAUUAGCGCCAAGACGGAUAUCUGGAACCAACUUGGAAUUACCGCUCCGGGAGUGAAGUGUCGUGCUUUUGAUGCUUCAGCAAAAGGCAUCGCCAAAGCCGAAGGUUGCGGCGUUGUCAUACUGAAGCCAUUAGAGAAAGCCGAGAAAGAUGGAGAUCAAAUAUACGGAAUAUUAGAAGCCACAACAAGCAACCAAGACGGUCAUUCAAAUGGAAUUACAGCACCACAUCCAGGUGCCCAAGCGAAGAUGUUGGUCAGGGCAUGGAAUUUAGCAAACAUCAAUCCGGACAGACUUGGCUAUUUCGAAGCUCAUGGAACUGGUACCGAGCUAGGAGAUCCCAUAGAGAUCUCGGGAAUAACGACAGCCUUCAAGACAUUCGGGAUUAGUUACGACAAAAAAGAUGCAGCUAGUAAGAUUCCAAUUAGCUCGGUAAAAGCUAACAUUGGACACUUAGCUGACGGUGCUGCUGGAGUUGUGUCAUUGAUAAAAGUUCUGAUGUGUCUAAAAAAAGAAAAGAUACCGCCUGCAAUAAAUUUUACACAACCAAACCCGCAUAUCAAUUGGGCCUCCUCGCCAGUCUACGUGAAUACCACGCUCAAAGAAUGGCCCUCGUUGCAAGGUACGCGAACAAGGUAUGCAAGCAUCAGUGCAUUUGGUCUUCUGGGUACAAACGUUCACGCGGUCGUACGGGAGUACAACGCGGUACAUUCUUCCGUACAAUAUCAGGAGUGUCAGUUGCUGACACUCACAGCAAAUACCAAGCAAUCUUUGGUGAAUUUUGUCGGAAAAAUUGCCAGAUAUUUUCAACAGUGCGAAGCAAAGUCUUACUCAAUGCUAAGGAAUGUUUGUUUCACGUUGAACACUGGAAGAGAACAGAAGAGAUUCAAGUACAGAGCGGUUGCGCUAGCCUCAACAUGGGAACACAUGAGCAAAGCCUUGGAAGAGCUUUGCCAAGAGCUAAAUUCCACUGCACCAGCCAGAGAGGAAAAUAAUGCAAAAGAAUGUAAGCAAUUUAUUGAUUUUGGGUACACUACACUUACCAACUUCAAAUUACCCAACCAUUUUCGCAGUAUCACGAAGCCGUUUUUGGAUGGACAAGAAAUUUGCUGGAGGACAUUUUACGCCGAAGAAAACGGGCUUAACAAAGUUGGAUUGUUGCCAAACUAUGCCUUCGAUCGCACCAGAUUUUGGCCUGCUAUAGGGAAAAUGAUCAAUAACCGGCUGCUGCAGUUAGAACAUGGACUAGCUCAGCAAGAUCACAUUGUGGCUGGCAGAUUUGAAGAUUUACCAAACGGGAGCUCCUAUAAAGAAUGCAUCACAAAUGCAGAAGGAGAAAAGAUGGAUAGCUUUGUGAGCUCAACACCAUCAAACGUCAACGUCGAAACAUUCAUUCACGGAGCACUUAACGAAGUUCUUAGUACAGAUUAUGAUUGGCAAAAGAUGGCGGAUGAGAACCUAUUUGCCCUUGGUAUGGAUUCUUUGCUAUUUACUCAAUUGUUGAUGAAAUUACAGAACGCAUUGAAUUACACUCUGACUUUGGGGGUUUUUCACAACAACCCAACUUGUGCAGGCCUGAUAGACGUCAUCACUAAACACACGGAUGCCCAACAACAAUUGGACGAGACAACAAAAGAGACACGACAACAGCAAAGUAAAGUAGACGUAAAGCUGAUCGUUGGAGAUGCUCUAAAUGACAGUCUGGCUACCAAUUACGAUUGGAAUUUGCUACAAAAUGAGAAUUUGUUCACACUCGGGUUCGACUCACUUGCUUGGACUCAAGUAAAUAACAAGUUGUCCAACGUCCUCACUAUUAAGAAACCGUUGUCACUAACUCACUUGAGAGAAUUUCCAACGUACAAAUUACUUUGUGAACUCAUUAUCGCUCAUCUGAAUAAAAACGAUUCACCGAAAGAAAUUGGAAACCAUGUAAGCCAGGCGAAGGAAACUAUCUUCGAAGAAAACACGACCUUCCCUCUUUCGUUUUCGCAAAAUCGCUUGUGGGUAAUGGAAGAAAUGGCGGUCACCUUAUGUGCGUACAAUGCUACAAAUUGUCUUCGAAUUACUGGAAGUUUUCACCCUGAGGCAUUUGUGUCUGCUGCCAAUACAGUCCUUUCUAGACAUGGUGCUUUCUUCACGAUCAUUACGGACACAAAGGAAGGCCCCACACAAGCUUAUGACUGGCAGGCAGAUGUCAGUGUCGAAGAAGUGGACAUGAAACAGUUUGGUGCGCAGGCAGAAGAGGUUAUGACAGCUCUUUACAGGGAUGAUUAUAAAACGAGGUUCGAUCUCCGCGCAGGUCCUCUUGUCCGAUGCAGACUCUACCACCUUCCUGACGAAGUGUUCUACUUUACUAUGGUUGUUCACCAUAUAAUCUUUGACGGAUGGUCACACUUCGUUUUCUACAACGAGCUUUGGAACUGCUACAAAGAAUUAUGCGAGGGUAAAAAGGUGAAAUCGGACUUACAGCGUCCAUUAUAUGCUGAAUUUGCUGAACAAGAACAACAUGGGUCAUUGUCCUCGGAAAUGGAGAGUCAUAUUGCCUACUGGAAGAAUAAACUUGCUGUUCCUCUGCCCCUGACUACAUUCCCUGGAGACAAAAAGCGGCCACCAAUAUUUACUUACAAGGGGAAGAGAAUAACUCGGUUUCUUGAAAACCGCGUUUUCCAAGUUUUAAAUCGAUUUCACUCGGAGAAGUACACGGUAUUCAUCAAGUUGUUAUCAGUUGUCUAUGUUUUGUUGCAUCGAUACACCGGUGACCGAGAUUUGAUCAUUGGAACCCCGGUGGCAGGCCGAAACGACAUAAGAUACAGACAUGUUAUCGGCUGUUUUGUUAACACUCUUGCCCUAAGGAUACAGAUUCCGGAUCAGUGUGACUUUAAACAUCUGUUAGAUGUGGUUUCCGCAGUAUUUCUUGAAGCAUUUGAUAACCAAACUGUACCAUUUGACCAUAUCGUCAGUCAGCUGAAUCUUCCGAGAGAUACAAGCAUCACACCCAUUUUUAGUGUUAACGUAUGUUACCAUAACACCGAAAUUAAAUCAGAGCACACGAGCCUACCGAGCAGUAUCACUGUCGACAGAAGAUUGCAGCAUAACGAAACAACCAAAUGGGAUAUGCAGUUCGACUUCCUUCAAGAAUCAGAGGGUAUGAGGUUUACGCUCGAAUAUUACAGUGAUUUGUUUUCGGAUCAGUACGCAGAAAGACUUGUAAACGACUUCAUCCGGCUUAUUCAAACCUGUUGUGAAAACCAAAACACACCGCUCGUGCAACUUGGUCUUCGUGCGACGGAACAAAAGCAGAAAAAGCUACCUCUGAGCGAAAUUUCUAUUCUGCAAGGAACUAUUCGCGAAAAUGAGAAAUCUCUGCCUGUCUUACUAAAAGAAAGUCUUCAAACAAACGCCAAUCGCACUGCAGUCAUCGAGGCAAACAAACGAAAAAUCACUCAUGAAGAGUUGCUGCACCGUGCGAUGGAACAUUCGUGGUUUCUACGAAAGGUCUGCAAAUUGCCGAAACAGUCAAGAAUAGGACUGCUUGUAGAAAACUGUGCAGAAAGUAUCGAGUACAUUCUUGCUUCGGUGUUCUCGGGACUAGUCUAUGUUCCUAUGGACACAGGCUGUCCGCAGUCGCGUCUUGAACAUAUCUGCAACGAGGCAGAUAUCAAAGCUAUCGUUUUCAACAAAUUAUACAUCGCGAUGGCUAAUUACCUUCAUUGGGCUUGCCCUGCUGUCCAGUCGAUAAUUUGCGUUGAUUCACAGGAUUUCUUUGCCAUUCCGGAUUCGGUAGGAAGUUCUCCAUUAAUGGAUGUCGAGUUGUGGAACUGCGUGGCAAACAAUGCAAAGGAUGACAUCGAAAGUGGAGGAUGGAAGAGUUCUUACACUGGAGAGCACAUGUCAGUCAAAGAGAUGGAGGAGUAUGCCGACAACGUUUUAACCAAACUAAAAGACUACCUCAACCCCACAACGCGUGUGCUUGAAAUUGGCUGUGCCUCUGGGCUCACCGUCCAGAAACUCUGCCCACUGGUUGCGCAAUACGUCGCCACUGAUCUAUCCGAUAUCAUGACCAAACGACUUUUGGCCGAACUAGAAAAGAAAAGCGUGACAAACGUUAAAGUGCUUUGUGCUCCCGCCGACGAAUUAGAGCGAAUGCUGCAAGGAAGGUUGUUCGAUGUGAUUAUUAUGAACAGCGUGGUGCACUGUUUUCCAGGUUACAAUUACUUGCGUAGUGUGUUCAAGAGCUGUGAAAAUAUGCUCGCUGAAGGUGGAGUCAUCUUCCUAGGAGAUGUCAUGGAUUUAGACCUCAAAGAAAAGCUUACAACUUCGGUCAAGUCUUUCAAGAAGGCCCACCCGGAAUGCAGAGUAAAGAUCGACUGGCGAAACGAACUCUUUCUUUCUCGAACGUUCCUGCAACACUUGUGCGAUUCCUCGAAAACUCUGAAGCUGGUAAAGACUUCAAGAAAAAAAUACACCGUAGUGAACGAGCUUACCGAGUUUCGAUUUGAUGCACUGUUUACCAAGUCAAUCGAAUAUCAUCCAUCAUCUGGAGAGGUAGUGCAAAAACAGGUUUUUGCUCUAAAAGAUGUAUCAGACGCCGUAAUGACUCAAGAUAAAAAUGCCUUACUGCAAAUUGUUUGUGAGUGGUCAAGAGAAGUUCAACUUGAAGACGAAGCGUACGUGCUGUAUACGUCCGGUACCACAGGAACUCCCAAAGGAGUUAUCAUUGGACAUGAAGCGCUGGUCAACUACGUCACAUGGGCAACUAAAGCCUAUCAAUUCCAUUCGACCACAAUUACACCUUUUUUUGCGCCGCUAACAUUUGAUUUCACAAUAACCAGCAUUUUCCCUCCUUUGUUGGGAGGGAGCGUUAUCCAAAUUUUUGAGCCUUUUCGAGAUUCGUAUCAGAUGCUGGCUUCUUCAACUGAGAUCACAAUUGCAAAGUAUUCCCCUCUUCAACUUGACACGAUAUUGUCCACAAGUACCGACACACUCAGCGCAUCGACCUUCAUUUUAGGCGGCGAGGAACUAACUUCAAACUUGCUCGAAAAAUUGAAAAAAAAUAAAGGUGAUAAACCAUUCGUAGUCUGGAACGAGUAUGGUCCAACGGAAGCAACAGUUGGCUGCGUGGUACGAUGUCUAAAAAGCGACGAAUUACCUUUGAAAGAAUGCGCACACAUUCCAAUUGGCAAACCAAUCGAUAAUGUCACAAUUGCGGUCGUUAGAAAUCAGCAGCAUCUUGUCCCUCUUGGAGCAAAAGGUCAUCUAGCUAUUGGUGGGAAAUGCUUGUGUCUGGACUUUGCAGGAAGCGGUGCCUCAAGAGAUGCGAAACGAAACAAGUCUUUCACUGCCUCGUGCUGGGGUAGACCUGGCGAGCAAAUGCUGCUGACAGAAGAUGUAGUGCAGAUUGUACCACCGUCUGGAGACCUAAUCUACUUCGGCCGAGAUCGUGGUUCUGAGACGACGAAAGUAAAUGGAGUAAGAGUUGAUUUAAUGGAGGUCCAACACAUGAUUGAAGCUGAUCCUGCGGUUGCAAGUGCGUGGGUAUGCACGUUUAUCCACGAGGGCUACACUUUAUUAGGAGCUGCUGUUAAACUCAAGAAUAAUAACCUUGGUGCUAACUAUGGCGAUUAUACUUGGAAACAAUCCUUGCUGUCAUCUCUAGCACAAGUCCUCCCAGUAAGAUGUAUUCCCAAAGUCUUUGUUCAUCUUUCUACUGCUCCGACAAACAAGAAUGGCAAAAAAGAUACAGACUAUUUGCAAAAACUGUUCCUCGCCGAGAUUAUUGCAGAUAGAAAACUUUCUUGCAACGUAACAAAUUCAUCAAAUGCGUCUAAGUAUCCCGCAUCGACGGCAAAGCUUCAACAAAUAUGGCAAAGUAUAUUGCCAGUCGAUCAUUUGCCAAAACCUGAAGAGGAUUUUUUCUUUGACUUGUCAGGCGACUCCUUGCAGGCUAUACAUUUAGUUAGAAAAAUGCGAGAUGAAGGAUUUCAAGUUUCUGUCACCGACAUUUUUCAGAAUCCGAGCAUUCAGAAAUUGGCACCAAUCCUGGAAAAAAGUAAUGGAAAAAGUGAUUGUAUCGAAGUUCCACCUGAAAUGGAGGAAACACCAUUCCGUCCAACACCAAUUGUCCAAUUAUUUUUCGAGAGAAGUCCGCAGUUAAAACAACCAGAUCGUUUUUCUUUGUCAGCUCUUUUACAGUUCCAUAAUGAAAUCUCUCCUGAAAUUCUGGAAAAAGCAUUAAAAAGUAUUAUUAAAAAACAUGGUUCUUUACGUUCUCGGUUUGGUGUAGAAGAUGGGCAGGUCUUUCAGCAGGUCCUGCCAAUGAAGCACAACGAGCUGAAGGUUGAAAUGCAACAAAUUGAAAAGACAGAGGAUAAUCUGACUAACGAGCCGCUCUUUAUAGAACUAUGCGAUAGACUGGAACAAAGUACAUCCCUUGCGAAUGGCCAUCUCAUGAAUUCUGCAAUUAUAAAUGUGAUGGACCCAGUCCAUUCAAAGCAACAAGAACACUUUGCACUACUUGUAGUGCAUCACGUUGCGGUGGACAUUGUCUCUUGGGAACAACUUCUGGUCGACCUCGCUACUGCUUUGAGAAGACUUAGUAAAGAUGCCACAAAAGAACCAGAACUUGAAAAGUGUCAGACAAGUUACCGAACCUAUUGUAAAGAGCUUGAAACCGAGACCGAGAGAGUAUUCGUUGACGAAAUUGAAUACUGGAAGAGAAUUGAGGAAGAGUACAAGACGUCCGGUCGCCUCGUUCAGGAAGACAAACAAAGUACUUUCCACUCAGCCAAAUGGGUCAGCGAGAAAAUAGAUGCCAAUCUGUUGCGCUCAACAUCAAAUAAACUGGGAUGCUCGGAAGAGAAUAUCCUUUUGACAGCCUUCGGAAGAGCAAUAGCUUCCAUCCACGGCCACAAUAAGACAAGCAUAUGCCUCGAAAGUCAUGGCAGACAACUAAUGAGAGUCGACUCAACGAGUACUGUGGGAUGGUGCACUAGCUCAUUUCCGGUUAUACUCGAUACACCACUAUCAGGCGACCUCGUAAAUCAAGUAAAGGAACUUGGACAGACGAUAAGUGAUAUACCCAAUCACGGCCUGGGAUUUGGUCUUUUAAAAUCCAAAAAAGCGCUAACAAUGUCGCUCCCGAAAAUCAUGUUCGUCUACCAGGGAUCCAUGGACGCUUCUACCAAGACGACUUUUGAAGCUGGUUGCUUCAACUUUGAUCACAUCCCUUGGAUUGAGGUGAUGCUAAACGAGCUAAAGGAAGGACGGUUCCAUCGUCAUCCUGAAGAGUACCUGGAGUACGACUUGGAAAUCAUUGCGUGGAUUCACGGAGGAGAACUUAAGUUUGGCUGUCUUUUUGAUAGUGAGGUAGUCAAGGAAGAGGUCAUCAAAUCCCUGAUUUACCAAGCGCAACUUAAUAUCAUGGCUAUGGCUGAGAGGGCCAAGACCAAACCAAUCAAUUUGGAAAUAAUUUCAGCUUUUAACAUCACUCCAGAAUGUAUUAAGUGCAUGAAAGAAUCCUUGACGCAACAUGCCAUUAUUGCGGAUCAGAUCCGUCUCCAGCCGCCAGAACAAAUGUUGCAAGUACUCUGCACUGCAGAUUCAAUCGUAAACCAGUCUACUGCAGACGUAACAGUGAUUAUCCCUAGACCAAAGAGCACUAUCGAAGCCAAUGAGCUCGUAAAAGCAUGUGGCCAACCAAACGGCCGCGUUGUGACCAGCAAAACGGUCAUCUUGGUAAACACAGAACACUUGCCAAACACUGCGAAGUUCUCCAGGCUAUUACCUUUGGAUCAAGUGAGUCUAGAAGUGAGUUCUGAAAAUCUCGCAAUCUUUUACGACAAUUGCUCAGACAGCGAAUAUAACAUGCCGCUGACAAGGGCAGGAUACUGCCACCUCGGAUACAGUGUGGCUAGAGCUGUACGGGCAUGUGUAUGGGAUUCGAAGUACAAAGUGAUUGCUGUUGACGCAGAUUAUACUCUGUGGGACGGAGAGUGCGCUCAAGAAACUGUUCGUUUUAAAAAAGGGAACUACGAGCUUCACGAAUUUUUGCUUAAGAAGAAGGCAGAAGGAAUGUUGUUGGUUAUCUUGAGUAAGAACAAGCAAGAAGACAUUGAUGAUGUUUUCGAGCGACAGAAGAACGAGAUGAAUUUAAAAAAGGCGGAUUUCACACUUAUCGUCGCAAACUGGGAAUCCAAGUGGAAAAACAUUCGACAUGUCUCAAACACGCUGAAUCUCGGGAUUGAUAGCUUUGUGUUUAUUGAUGAUAAUUUAGUAGAAUGCGAGGAAAUGAUCCACCACUGCCCUGAAGUACUAACACUUCAACUUCCGUCAAUAGCAAAGCUGAUAGCGCCUUUGUUGCAAAAUCUGUGGGCGCUAGAUCGCGCAAAAGUCAGCGUCGAGGCUUCACAGCGAACUGAAAUAUACAGAAGCGAGCUCCAAAGACAAGUGGAUUUGCAAGUGGUGCAAACCAAGGCCAAAGAAAACAACUCCAGUAUUUUAAACGAACUGCUCUUGAGUUGGGCAAUGCAAUUAGAGGUAUGCAAGACAAACAUCGGCUCCUUAAAAAGAGUAAAAUCGCUGUACACAAGAGCAUCAGAAUUACUUAUGAGGACGAAUCAAUUUAAAAUGAACGAUUUAAAUACUGAUCUUGGGAAAUUUGAUGAUGAUGAUAUUGUUUGGCUCGUGUCACUGAAAGACAAUCAUGGUACCUACGGUGUGGUAAGCGUCGUUAUGAUGAAAAAAUUGGACGUUAUUCUGAUUACUCAGUGGGUUUUGAGCUGUAGAGCUCUUGGAAGGGGCGUUGAAGUAAGAAUCCUGGAAGAAAUCCACAAGGAAGCUAAAACUGUAAGCAAUGCAACUCGCGUAAAACUUGCAAUUAACAAAACAACAAGAAACACUCCAGCAUUAGAUUUUUUGGAAAAAGUCAACAUUGAUGCAUCAAUGGUGACCGAUGCCAACCUAAAAAUGGUCUGCUGUGACAAAUUUGUCCCGAUGCAUUCCUCAGAACCGCUCCAUAACGUCAAAGAAAUUUCUAACGUAAAUCAGUUCUUUCAAGAAGGCCAUCGAGAGUCACAAACUUCCCAUCACAUAUUUGAUUCAGAAUCAACGCCAAAUUGCAAUAUCGAGACAGUUUCCAAGGGUAGCUCAAUUCAAACAACAAACGCUCAUGAAAACUUUGGCGAAAGCCCGCAGCAGUCUAGUUCCGAUGCAGCAUUGAUGGAGUUGAAUGAAUGGAUCAGAGAGAAUUGGAGCAAGUCUCAGAAACAACAAACUGCUUUUCACAAUACUUUCCCAAUUAUUACCGGCGACGCGCAACUUGAAAUGACACUGACUGGAAAUAGACAAGAAUUAUACGCCACUGAACGCGAAACGGUCCUCAGAACAUCGUGGAUGGAGGUGCUGCAAAUCGACAAGGAACCAGAAGAUUCUGACAACUUUGUCCAGUGUGGUGGCAACUCCUUCAGUGCCGUCUAUCUCGUGUCAACGCUUAGACGACUCUGCUCAAUCGAAAUCUCGAUCCUUAAUCUGCUUCAGAAUAACACAUACGCUGAAAUUAAGAAAAUGGUCGAACAAGCACGUCCGUUAAACGUUGAACCAAUAUCGAUUCCGCAGCCGAAACAUGCAGGCCAACUUCCGUUGUCUGCUGCACAGCAGAGGAUGGUACUAAUGCAACAGACGAAUCCCGAAUCUACUGCGUACGUUGAAACACUUGCAUUUCGAGUGGAGAAGGAUAUGGACCCGAAAGAAAUCAUUUCUAUUUUGCUUCAAAGACAUCCAAUUCUAAAGUCAAAGAUUGCCAUUAAUGAAGAGACUUUGGAGUAUUCGAUAUCUACCGAUUCCAAGAUAAACACUGAUGUCAAACUGGAAGUCACCGAUGGCCGGAAUGUAACCGAAGAUUUUUUGAAGAUUACGACGCCUGUUUUAAAUGUCACUGAUUCGAGUUUUCAAGCUCGGUUUAUCAAAGCAAGCGAGGAAAGCGUAUUGGCGUUACAUAUCCAUCAUGUGAUAGUGGAUGACAUAACACUCACUAAUAUACGUCGUGACAUGGAGCAACUUAUCGACGGUAAAAUCUUGAAUGAUUCAGAAUCAAAUGGUAGUGAUAACUACGCUGAAUACGUCGAUCAGGAAAUGUCUUAUAUGUUAAGCAAAAAACACAGUGACGACAAAGAAUUUUGGAGGGAAAAGUUUGAUAGCCUACCAGCAGACUCGGAUCUGGCUAUUCGUCCGAAGGCAGAUUCAACAAAUUUCGAUACAACCGUUUUCCGAGCAAAACACAGCAUUCAACCAAUUUCAGAUCAAACUGCAAACGAAUUAGAGCAGUAUUGUCGGACACACGGCCUUACUGAAUUUCAAUAUUACCUGUCCUGUGUUGCCGUGGUGCUUCAACGCUAUCUUGGAGUGGAAGAGAUCACCCUAGCAAUCCCUGUUACGACACGAACUGAAAACCACAAGAACUCAGAUGGUUUAUUUGUAAACACCGUUCUGUGUAGAACAUCAGUUGAUCACGCGCUUUCAUUCAAGGAGCAUACUAAAACUGUGGCAGCCCAGUGGUUAGAGACAUUAAGUCACUCCAACUAUCCUCUUGAUCACGUCAUCCAAAUGUUGUGGAAAUCACAUGGAAAGAACUCCAGCUCUUUCUGUUCAGUAAUGUUCAACUACACGACGCAAAAUCUGAAAGCAAACGAGUUAAAUGUCCUGGCAAAACAUGCAAAGAUGCCGCUUAGUCUUGACGUGGUGAAAUACCAAUCAAGCCAAACCCUAAUUGUUGCUGAGUGGGCGGACCAGUACAUUGAAGAUGAUAUUGCUGAACGACUAAUCAGCAGUGUUUUCCAGCUAUGCACGACAGCUUACAAACAAGAUGAAAAAAGGCUUUGCAACAUCCAAGUUUUAUCCAACAAAGAACGUAGUUUACUUAAAUCAGUUACUACCACGUCAACUGUUCUUAAGACAGAUUCACUUCUGCCAGUCCAUUUUAGCUUUGAGGAAUUUGUUGAAACUAAUCCACAUGCGACAGCUGUUGUUAUCAACGACCGUCAUUUGUCAUAUCGCGAACUAGACGAAAUUUCGUCAAGAAUUUCCUACGCUCUGCUUGACGAGGUCGCACAAGACGAAUUGCAAACGAAUCCUGUUGUGAUCUUAGCAGAGAAAAAUGAAUUUUCGAUCGCUGCGAUUCUUGGCGUCUGGAAAUCCGGAGGACACUUUCUGCCCGUUGGAAAGACAAACCAGGGCAGCGUAAAGACGAUACUUGCACGAAAUAAACCAGCAGCAAUACUAACAAAUCUUGAAGCAGAUACCGUACGACUUUCUGAAGAAGAAAUUUCGAAGUGCCCAUUUUUCAUGAUAGAUGAUUUGGCUAAACGUUCAAGAAACAAACGCAACCAAGCUAAAAUCAACGUAUCAGCAGACGAUCUCGCUUAUAUUAUUCAAACAUCUGGUUCCACGGGAGAUCCGAAACAGUGCAAAAUAUCACACAGAAGCCUGCGUAUCAUCGCUAAUGCCUGGAAACAAAAAUAUGCAAUGACAGAAUUCAAAGUCAGUGUCCUACAGUGGGCGCCUCUAUCGUUUGACGUCUUUGUUGGAGAUAUCGUGAGAGCUUUGGUAUGUGUAUCAGGGCAACUAAUCAUUUGCCCAGAAGAAAAAAGAUUAGAUAUUCCGUAUAUACUGCAUACUAUCAAGAAGCAUCAUAUUACGAUGGCUGAAGUAACUCCAUUGUUUGGUCAGCAACUCGUCGAGAAUGCCCAUGACAAUCAAUUCAACUCUAUGAAACUGUUCAUCCUUGGCUCAGAUGUUCUACAAAGACACGUCUAUCGAUCCAUCAAAGACAGGUUUAGGCCAGAUCAAAGAAUUCUGAACAGCUAUGGCACGACAGAAGCCACGAUUGAUUCCGCUUUUUUCGAGGGAGACAUUCUUCCUACGACACGAAGUGGUACAGUUCCGAUAGGAAAACCUUUGCCCGGAGUACAGCUUCAUGUCCUCGAUUCAAAGACGCUCCUACCGUGCCCGAUUGGAACUAUAGGGGAACUAUAUAUAGCCGGAGAUGUCCUAGCGUCAGGUGACGUCGAUCUGAUAUCUGUUUCUCAUCUCGGUUGCCACGCGUUAAAGACAGGUGACGCUGCUUGUGUGUUGCCUUCAGGAGAUAUCGAGUUGAUGGGACGAAUGGACAACAUGGUGAAAUUACGCGGAUUCCGUAUCAGCCUUGUAGAGAUUGGGAGUAAAAUUACAGAAAAAAUUGAUUUCGUGAAACAAGCAUGCGUGGUUCCUCAGCACGGCAAUGACAACAAAGGAACAGAAUUCCUAUGUGCAUUCUUAGUGGUCGAUGAUAUCGGCAGCACAAAAAUCACCAUUGAUAAAAACUACAUCUGCAGUAAGCUGAAAGAUGAAUUGCCAUACUACAUGUUGCCGGACAUGAUUCAUAUAAUCCCAGAGAUUCCUCUUUCUGGAAAUGGAAAAGUGGAUUACAAAGCACUACCCGAUGUUUCCAGCCUCAUGGUAAGCAAAGUGCCACCUAAACAACAAGCACCAAACAGUGAUUCAUCAGUCAUGGCGACCUUGAAGACUCUGUUCGCAGAAGCCCUUGGUCUAUCGGAUUCAUGUCCAGUCGAUACGCAGAUGACGCUAAUGGAACAAGGAGCCCACUCGUUAAUUCUAGUAAGGUUUUCCACCUUAAUCGCCCAGAAGACGUCGUUUCAUGUCACGAUUGCAGAUAUCUUCUCGUAUCCGACCAUCAGUGCCCUUGAGAAGUUUGUUGCACAAAGUGCUCAAUCAUGCAAUACCAUUUCUCCAGAAAUUUUCAAUGCAACCGUUCCUUCUUCGAAUAACAAGACUAUCGCAAUAACUGGGAUUGGACUUCGUCUCCCUGGAGGUAUCGUGUCACUGCCACAACUAUGGGACGUCUUAGAAAUUGGGGAAGACAUCAUGGGUGAUUUCCCCAAAAGUCGUACCGAUGAUAUUUUGAAUUGCGUUACCCUAGAGAAUGAGCAAACGCUCUCCCAAGCAGAAACAUUUCAAGGCGCAUUUUUCGAAAGAAUCGACGGAUUUGACAAUAGAUUUUUCAAAAUCCCACCAGGUGAAGCUAAAUUUAUGUCACCGGAACAGCGAAUGUUUCUCCAAGUGGCUACAGAAGCUUUGGCGGAAAGCAAAUCGCUCUCGGAAGUUAAAGGGUCAAAGAUUGGCGUAUUUGUUGGCGCUACCGAAAUUUGGUACUCUCAACUACAACACCCGGACGAGGCGACAUGUAUCUCUGGACUUCUUCCAGGCAUGAUUGCGACCCGCGUUGCUUACCAAUGGGACUUGAAAGGCCCAACAAUGCUCAUAGAUACGGCUUGCUCGUCCUCACUGAUGGCAUUAAAAGAAGCAUGUGAAUCGAUAAAAAGAGGCGAAUGUGAAGGGGCUCUUGUAGGAGGUGUCAACCUGGUGAUGUAUCCAUCGAGGACAGGCGUUUGGGGGGAAAACAGUAUUCUAUCCGAAGACUUUAGAUGCAAAGCGUUUGACAAGGAUGCCACCGGUACGGCAGUGGGUGAAGGAGUGUUGUGCUUGUAUGCAGAACCGUUAGAAAAGGCAAUAGCCGAAAAGAAAUCGAUUUAUGGUGUUGUUCAUAGCAUAGCUUCAAAUAACGUGGGCCGUAGUAACGGAAUCACUGCACCUUCAGCAAAUGCUCAGCGUGACGUAAUACAAGACGCCUUGAACAGUGCAAAAAUACGACCAUCCGAUGUCACGUACAUCGAAGGACACGGAACGGGAACAAAACUUGGGGAUAGGAUAGAACUGUCUGCUCUUCGUUCAACAUUUGAAGACAGGCAACAAUCUGAAGUUAAUUUGUCAAUUGGCUCCGUGAAGAGCGUCUUUGGUCAUCUUGAUUCAACAGCAGGUAUGCUUGGUGUUUUUAAAACCCUCGCCUCACUUGGAGCAAGGAAAAUUCCACCAACAGCUCACUUUUACAAUCCACAUCCGGAAAUUUUGAACUCCCGACUGGAAGUCCCAAAUCGAACCAUCGAUUGGCGUCCCAGUAGCGAAACAGGUUUACGAAUCGCGGGGGUGAGCUCCUUUGGUUUAACGGGCACCAACUGCCAUGCCAUUAUCACCGAACCACCGCACUCGGACGGUGAUGACGAACCAAAAAUUCCCAGAAAACGUAACCAUCAUUUACUUAUCGCAAGCUCAAGUUUGAAUCAACUCAAAAACCAACUUCACAUUCACAAGAUCCAUAUUGGACACUUCGUUAUGAAGUUAGGAACCAGCACAAUUGCCGGACUGUGCCUUAGCGUGGCCACGCGCUUAAAACAAAUUAUCAAAUUAAGAUCCAAUCUGGAAUGGCGACUUGUUAUCACCGCUGAGAAUGCAAGCGAGAUGCUAGAAGUUGUUAAAAUUGCAGAAAGUGCUCUUGAUUUGAGGGCCAUGAAACAGCUUGCUGAAUUACGCAGGGACAUUGAGUUCUACUGCCCUGGAGAUGACGACGUCACGACUGCGUUACCUGAUGUUACAUCCUUUUUGAAGCACGGCACAAUAAACGUACAUGGAUUAUUUUAUGGUGAGCACCAAACUAUCCAGUUUUCAAAAGGAGUUACCUUGGCGAUUUAUAACGAAAGUAGACACUGGUUAGAUGCAACUGAAAAAGUCGAAAGAAGCACUCUUACUAUGGAUAUCUGUGAUUUACUCACCAUCAAAAUGAACGAGACACGAGAAUUGGUUAGAAAGUUGCCCCUUGCACCCGCUGCUGGUCUGCAAGAAACACUUGGCAGAUUCUGUUCCGCUAUCAUCGUCAAGCUUUUCCUCGGCACACCUCUGAAAGACUUCCUGUUGAAUGAACAUCAAAUUUCCAUCAAAAAAGCGUUUUCCCUUUGCGAAAUGCUACCAAAGUACGAGAAAUUGUUCUUUGUCAUGGUGAGGGAACUAUGGCAAAACGACUGGCUCAAGGAAACUGGCACAGACAAGAAUAUUCACUGCUUGGACUCGUUUGUAUUCAAAUGUAAAAAUUUUUUGGAUGUGGACCCUGAAGUCAUCGCAGACCACAGCAUUAAGUCAUACCCAUCGUGGGCAGACUGUUUCCGCUUCCCACUUUACUGCUCUCGCCAUUUGGAGAAGGUCGUCCGUGGAAAAAUGAGCCCGUUGUCCGUCAUCUACCCACGUGGAGACAUGAAUUUCAUGUUCCAAUUUGAUAAGCUUGGGGACUUGCUUGGUGAUGUGUACUACAACAUGUACAUGCAGUUAAUAAGCUCCUAUGCUAAACAGCUUUCUUCCCAGGGGAGACGUGUAAGAAUAUUAGAAGUGGGUGCCGGCGUCGGUCACGUUACGAGACAGCUCUUGCCAAAGCUUGAGAACACGUCAAAUAUCGAGUACUGGUUCACAGACCUGGGAAAAGCUUUCGUGGAACACGCAAAGAAAACAUUUUCUGAUUAUCUGAGCAUGAUGAAGUUCGCCACAUUUGAUAUCACUAAAAGUGCACCAAAACAAGGUCUCCUUGGCUCCUUUGACAUCAUUGUUUCCUACAAUGUGAUACAUACAACGCAAAGCAUAAUUGAAUCCGUACUCAAUCUCAAGUCGUGCCUGGCAGGUGAUGGGAAGCUUUUCAUCAUCGAAAGCGCAAAAAAUGAAACAUGGGCAACACUCGCCUGGGGUAUCUUGGAUGGCUGGUGGUACUUUAACGAUUACGAUCUGCGACCGGCCGAGCCAAUGAUGGAACCGGAGAAAUGGGAAAAAGUUUUAAAAAGUGUGGGAUUUCAAUCGGUAGCCACGUGUCCUACCCAGAACGACGAAAGAAAGCACGUAGAGAAGUUCCUUUUUCUGUGCAGCUCAAAACUCACAUCUGAUGCCAAGAAAUAUGCUGAAAUUUCUUCUAGUCUUGGAUGGUGGGAGACCGAUAUUGGGAGAUUUGACACGGUGCAGAAGGCAGAUGAGCUGCAAGACGAAUUGGAUGACGACGAAAGCGCUUCUCAGCUAAAAGACAAAGGGUACCAAGCAAUUUUUGAGGAACUGAAAAAGAUCUGGACGGAGCUACUGGAAGAAGAUAACAUUCAUCCUGAGGACGACUUUAAUUCCCUAGGCGGGGAGUCCUUGUUAGCUAUACAAAUGAUGAACUUGGUAAAAAGAAGAAUCGGAUUUCAAUUGGAAAUUGCAGAUACAUUCGGGUAUCCUACAUUGGGUUCCUUGGCUGGCUUCAUCACAGAUGAGCUGUUCAAAAAUGAGGGCGCCGAGGUCUGUAAAGCCUCAACGCUACCAUCUAUUGAAGAAACGAACCCGUCAAGAGAUGAAGGCGACCAGAGUAACGAGUCUGAUCGUGCUCUCGAAAACCUCUUCCGUCCUGCUGAUUUGCUGGCGUGUAAAACAACUCAGAAAGAACACUCUGUUCUUUUGAUGUUUCCAGGGCAAGGCUCGCAGAAAAUUGGCAUGUGUGCUUCGUUGAAGAACAGCAAAGAAGCCAGAAAUCUCUUUUCACUAGCAGAAGAAACACUAGGAUACAACGUUCUAGAUAUCUGCAUUGGAGAUGAAAACAUUCUAAAAGAGAAGUUGAAGUCUACAGAAUUUGUUCAAGUUGCUCUCUUUGUCGGUUGUUUGGCAAAAAUUGAGCAACUGAAGACUGAAACACCGGAAAUUUUAGCCAACGUAACCCACGUCGCAGGACUUAGCGUGGGAGAAUUUGCUGCACUUGUUUACGCGGGAGCAAUCAGUUUUGAUGCAGCUCUGAAGAUUGUUUCGCAAAGAGGAAGGGCUAUGGAAAACGUAGUUCGCGAGUCGCCCACGGGGAUGGUGAGUGUUUUUGGACCGGAUUGCAAGCAACUGGAAAACUUCUUAAAGAAGAGUUUUCCUGAUAUGAUAAUCACAACCUACUUGGCUGAUAAUCAGCACACCGUUGGCGGGACAAGUGAAGAGUGCGACGCCUUCGUCGAGGCUCUUUCUGGAGAAAAACAAAAAGUGAUGAACGUGAUUGAUGUAAGAAAACUCCGAGUAGCCGGUGCAUUUCAUUCUCCUUACAUGAAACAAGCAUCUCAAGAAAUCAAUAAUCUCAUAAUGCGCGCUGAGUUCUCGAAGCCAACACUGCCCAUUAUCAUGAAUGUCAACGGUGACCUGGCAGCGGAGGAACUGGGAAUGAAGGAUUUGCUGUGUCAGCAAUUAACUGCUCCUGUAAAGUGGAAGCAAUCAGUGGUACGAGCAUAUGGUUUGGGCGUGCGCAGUUUCGUCGAGAUUGCACCAGGAAGAGUACUUUCUUCCAUCGUUAAAAAGCGAAUUAAAGAGUGCCAAGACUGUGACGUGGAGUACAUUCAAGUCUAGUUUAGAAUGAAAACGAUGAUUAA